AUGAAGUUCAACAUAGAUGACCUGCCGAUUCUGUUUCCGUAUCCUCGGAUAUAUCCAGUGUCCAACAGCUAUAUGUGUGAUCUGAAGAGGACUCUCGAUGCGACGGGCCACUGCGUUUUGGAGAUGCCUUCGGGCACGGGGAAGACCGUUUCCCUUCUCUCGCUGAUCGUUGCCUACCAGCAGUACUAUCCUGGUCAGCGCAAGCUGAUCUAUUGCUCUCGUACCAUGUCCGAGAUCGAGAAGGCCCUCGCAGAGCUGAAGGCCCUGAUGAAGUACCGGACACAGGAACUUGGCUACGAGGAGGAGUUCCGCGGGCUGGGUCUGACCAGUCGGAAAAAUCUCUGCCUUCACCCAUCUGUCAAGCGCGAGAAGAGUGGCAGUGUGGUGGAUGCGCGCUGCCGCAGCUUGACUGCGGGAUUUGUGAUUGAGAAGAAGGAGCGCGGCGAGGAUGUCAACGUCUGCAUCUACCACGACAACCUCGACAAGCUCGAGCCUCACAAUCUCAUCCCGAACGGUGUAUGGACGCUCGAUGGCCUGCUACGCUACGGCGAGGAGCACAAACAGUGUCCAUACUUUACUUCCCGUCGCAUGAUGCAAUUUUGCAACGUCAUCAUCUACUCCUACCACUACCUGCUAGACCCGAAGAUUGCAGAGCGGGUGUCCAAGGAGCUGUCCAAAGACUGCAUUGUUGUUUUUGACGAGGCGCACAACAUAGACAACGUCUGCAUAGAGUCUCUGAGCACUGACAUCACAGAAGACUCGCUUCGAAAGGCAACCAGGGGUGCGCAAAAUCUCGAGAAGAAGAUCAACGAGAUGAGAGAGACAGAUCAGAAGCAGCUCGAAAACGAGUAUCAGAAGCUGGUACAGGGGCUGCGGGAGGCAGACGAGGCACGCCAAGAAGAUGCGUUUAUGACAAACCCGACACUGCCCGAAGACCUUCUGAAAGAAGCUGUCCCGGGUAACAUCAGGCGAGCAGAGCACUUCGUCGCAUUUUUGAAGCGCUUCAUUGAGUAUCUAAAGACGCGGAUGAAGGUACGACAGGUCAUUUCGGAGACGCCACCGUCGUUCCUGGCACAUCUCAAAGAGUACACGUUCAUCGAGAAGAAGCCGCUGCGUUUUUGCGCCGAGAGACUGGCGUCGCUGGUGCGGACGCUGGAACUCACCAACAUUGAGGACUACCAGCCUUUGCGGGAGGUGGCGACGUUUGCGACGCUGGUGGCAACGUACGAGAAGGGUUUCCUGCUGAUUCUUGAGCCCUUUGAGUCGGACACGGCAGAAGUGCCCAACCCGGUGCUGCACUUCACGUGUCUGGACGCCGCCAUUGCCAUCAAGCCUGUCUUUGAGCGGUUCAGCAGCGUGAUCAUCACAUCAGGAACGAUCUCACCCCUGGAAAUGUAUCCCAAGAUGCUCGGCUUCAACACGGUGGUGCAGGAGUCGUAUACGAUGACGCUGGCGCGGCGAUCCUUUUUGCCGAUGAUCGUCACGCGUGGCAGCGAUCAGGCAGCCAUGUCGACGAGCUUCCAGGUGCGCAACGAGCCGAGCGUGGUGCGCAACUACGGCACGCUCUUGACGGAGUUUGCCAAGAUCACGCCGGACGGGCUGGUGGUCUUCUUCCCGUCGUACCUGUACAUGGAGUCGAUUAUCAGCAUGUGGCAAGGCAUGGGCAUCCUGGACGAGGUGUGGAAGUACAAGCUGAUCCUGGUGGAGACGCCCGACGCCCAGGAGACAUCGCUGGCUUUGGAGACGUAUCGGACGGCGUGCUGCAACGGGCGGGGCGCCAUUCUCCUGUGUGUGGCCCGUGGCAAAGUGUCGGAAGGCAUCGAUUUCGAUCAUCAAUAUGGGCGGACGGUGUUGUCGAUGGGGGUGCCGUUCCAGUACACGGAGUCGCGCAUUCUCAAGGCGCGGCUGGAGUUUCUCCGCGAGACAUACCGGAUCCGCGAGAACGACUUCCUCUCGUUUGACGCGAUGAGACAUGCGGCUCAGUGUCUGGGCCGUGUGCUGCGAGGCAAGGAUGAUUACGGCAUCAUGGUGCUGGCCGACCGUCGGUACCAGAAGAAGCGGAACCAGCUGCCCAAAUGGAUCAACCAAGCGCUACUGGAGGCAGAUGCGAAUCUGAGCACGGAUAUGGCGGUGAGCAAUGCCAAGAAGUUCCUGCGGGACAUGGCACAGCCGUUUCACGCUCGGGAUCAGGAGGGCAUCAGCACGUGGAGUCUCAGGGAUCUGCGGAAGCACCAGGAACAGGCAGACCACGACCGGAUUGCCGAGCUGCAGCAGCAGAUCAACGGAGCCGGCCUGGCACGGUAUGCAGCUGCUGAGCCUGUGGCAGAGAAUUAUGAUGACCGGGAGAUGGAUGCCGCGAUGAUGGAUUUGGACGAGGCAUAG